AUGAAGUCCAUCUUUCUUACGGUAGGAAUUCUGGCAAUUGCAGCUGUUGCAUUCGCCGAGGAUGUGGCGGAAAAUAAAGAGCUCAGCGAAACUGGUGUCGCUGUCCUAGAGAAGCUUCGUGCGCUACGAGAGGAAGAAGAGGACAUUUUGGAAGGAGUCACUAACGAAAAAGACAAGGAAAUUAUCACCAGCGUUCUCAAAAGGGAGAUUGAAGUCGAAGAUGAAGUUGAGGAUUCUACUCGAGUAAAGCGUGCUAUUCGUCGCCGUGCUCGUCGAGGAGGAAGACGGGCUGCUGCCGCUAGAAGACGUUUCUACCGCCGUCUCCGACGCAAUCGCCAUCGUGCUGCCCGUAAACGCGUCGCACACGCUCGCCGUCACCGCAGAAACCAACGACGUGCCGCCAACAGAAACCGUCGUCUUCACCAACGCGGUUAA